AUGCAGCCAGAGCUAUUUGAGCCCUCAUGGCCACUCUUUCAUGACAUGAGUUCAUCUUGGAACAAUCAAGUUGAAUAUUGCAGCCUUAGCAAUAUGGAAUAUUCUCAGGUUGGUGGCUCUGAAUUAUACUCUGAAUUAUUCCCACAAAUUGAUUGUCACUCAGAGAUUUCUUCAACCCAUUUUUCCUCUACAAUCUCUGGUCAAUCUGUCCAAUUUCCAGCCUAUGAUGAUCAUCAAGAUCAUGAUCAUGAUUCCUUGCAAGUCAUGCCAUUGAUGGAAGAUUUUCCAAUGGACUUAUUGGAAGCGUUUGAGCCUGAAUUGAGUGGCAAAUUUGAGGCUAUUUAUGGAUGUUUACUGGAGGAGAGUGUUGGGAGUCUUCAUUAUUCUAGUCCUAGCUCAUCAAUGAAAUCCGAUUCAUCAUCCAUGGAUGUAACUUCAGUCCAACCAGUACUAAUCUUGCCUGAACAAGACAUGGAGAUCGAAAACGAGUUAGGCGUGUUUCAUCUCCUCAGAGCUUAUGGUGAAGCCAUAGAGAAAGAGCAGAGAGCGCUUGAGGAGGUGAUUUUGAGAUGCAUCAGUGACAAAGUCAGCCCUAUUGGCAAACCUUUGGAGCGUGUUGGAUUCAUCUUAUCCCAACAAAUCGACUCUCAAUGCAUUGAUUAUCUAAAACAAGAAUCACUUAAGAACUCCAAUGCUGCAUUCAAGGCCUUUUGCCAAUUCUUCCCUUAUGUUAAAUUUGCUCAGUUCACAGCGAAUUCAGCCAUCCUUGAAGCUACACCAGAUGAUGCUGACACACUUCACAUAGUAGACUUUGACAUGAGAGAAGGGCUUCAAUGGUCUCAGAUGAUCGAGGCAGCUGCGAGGGGAAAGAAAGCAUUGAAACUCACUUCAAUAAAGUUGGAAGAAGAAGAAGAAGAAGAAGAAGAAAAAGAAGCUGAUUCUGAUCCAUUGAAUUUCAGUUUUGAGGAGACUAAGAGACAACUUCGUGAUCAUGCUGGCUCCUUUGGUCUAGAGUUAAAGAUUGAAGAAAUUAGGAUUGAGGAUUUAGUGAGUGAAGUAAAAAAGGCAAAGAAAAGGGGUGGAGGGAGAGAAUUUUUGGCAUUUAAUUGUGGUGUAGGAAUGUCACACAUAAGAAGUACAAGAAGUAGAAAGCUUGUUAUAGAUUUUUUGAAUGUAGCCAAGGAUUUGUUAUCUUCUAACAAAGGUAUGAUAGUUUUAGCAGAUGGAGAGCCUUGUGAGAAUCUUAAGAAUAGUACUAGCUUCAGUCAAUUCUUUGAUGGUCAUGUGGUCCAUUACCAAGCCUUGUUGGACUCUAUGGAGUCAACUUUCCCAGCUCAUCUCUCAGAGGCAAGAAUGACAAUGGAGACUCUCUUUGUGGCGCCUUUCAUCUCUUCUCUGGCUUGGUCCCAAAGGUGGGAGGAGAUCAGAGAAGGGUUUCAUCUCAAGGCUGAUUCUGGCUUGAAGGACUUGAGAUUGAGCAAAGAAAGUUUAAUGGAAGCCAAAGAAAUGGUAAGAGAGAACAGUUUUUAUGAAGUCAGGAGUGAAGGGCUUAAUGGGAAUGAGGCUAGCUUAAACUGGAAAGGAGUUCCUUUAGUUAGAGUAUCUGCCUGGACAAACUAA